AUGCGUGACGAUUGGCACGCAUUUGUACAAGUAAAAUGCGACGAGUUCAUCGACAUCUUCGUCGGCUCCAAAAGCUUUAUAAUUUUGGCUGUGGGACUGUCCGGUGCCCAGCACAAGCCAACUCCCGAGAACCAGGUGACAGGUAUCCUCUCUGCGGACCUGUGGUUUCACACGGACAGGGUCACCGCUCUCGAACACUUACUCAAGUCGGUCCUGCGGUACACUUUCAACCACUCAGCCUCCCUGCCCGCUGCAGCUCACUGUGUGUGCAACCGAGAGACCAGCAAGACCUCCCCGGGUUCCAGCCUCAACUCACAGUUUGAAUUUAGAAAGAAGCCCAAAUGGAUCAAGAUGAAUAUCACCCUUCAGCCUCUAGUGGCCUCCAAUGAGGGAAACAUCCGCAUGUCUGUGGCCUUUGUAUGUGAGGAAGGCAGGCUGCGGUCACAGGACAGUCCAUUCAACACGUCUCCUCUGGUCCCCCCAUCAGUGCCGCUGUACCUGAAUGACGGGAGUGCUCAGGCUUAUCACAGGUGCUUUUCUCUCCACUCUCAGAGGAGCCCUGCACAGAGGCCUGAGCAGGAGAGAGACCUGACUGUAUGCCCCGUGGGGACAGAGGCUACUGAGUGUGGCCCAGCUGCCUGCCCCUGUCUCCGACACCGCAGAGGGCAGGGAACUGUCGGGUCAAAAAUGCAGGAGGCCCUGGUUCCAGCUUCCCUAAAUUUGAGUGAAUACUUCAAACAGUUUCUGUUUCCUCCAAAUGAGUAUGAGUUCCAUGACUUUCGACUUAGCUUCAGUCAGCUCAAGUGGAACAACUGGAUUGUGGCCCCGCACCUAUGCAGUCCCCAAUUCUGUAAGGGGGACUGUCCCUGGGCCGUGGGGCAUCGCUAUGGCUCCCCGGUGCACACCCUAGUGCAGAACAUCAUCCACGUGAAGCUGGACUCCUCCGUGCACAGGCCGGUGUGUGUGCCUGCCAACUACAGCCCUGUGAGCGUGCUGACGAUUGAGCCUGAUGGCUCGCUUGACUAUAAAGAAUAUGAAGACAUCCUAGCCACCAAGUGCACUUGUUGCUAA